GCGGCCGGGGNGGGGGGGAGGGUCUCGGCUCCGCCACCAGCGCCCGCGGGGACCCUGGCGGCUGCGGGUGACAGUCGGGGCGGCAUGGCCGAGGCUGGCGGGGCCGGGUCCCCAGCACUGCCUCCCGCGCCCCCGCACGGUUCCCCCCGGACCCUGGCCACCGCUGCCGGGAGCUCUGCUUCCUGCGGGCCAGCGACCGCUGUGGCCGCGGCGGGCACGGCCGAGGGACCGGGAGGAGGCGGCUCGGCCCGGAUCGCCGUGAAGAAGGCGCAGUUGCGCUCUGCUCCGCGGGCGAAGAAGCUGGAGAAACUCGGCGUGUACUCCGCCUGCAAGGCAGAGGAGUCCUGUAAAUGCAAUGGCUGGAAGAACCCUAACCCCUCUCCUACUCCACCAAGAGGAGACCUCCAGCAGAUUAUUGUCAGUUUGACAGAAUCCUGUCGAAGCUGUAGCCAUGCCCUUGCUGCUCAUGUUUCUCACUUGGAGAAUGUGUCAGAGGAAGAAAUGAACAGACUCCUGGGAAUUGUGUUGGAUGUGGAGUACCUCUUCACCUGCGUCCACAAAGAAGAAGAUGCAGAUACCAAACAAGUGUAUUUCUACCUAUUCAAGCUCUUGAGAAAGUCAAUUUUACAAAGAGGAAAACCUGUGGUUGAAGGCUCCUUGGAGAAGAAGCCGCCAUUUGAGAAGCCCAGUAUUGAACAGGGUGUGAACAACUUCGUACAGUACAAGUUUAGUCACUUGCCAUCGAAAGAGAGGCAGACAACGAUUGAGCUGGCCAAGAUGUUUCUGAACCGCAUCAACUACUGGCAUCUGGAGGCUCCAUCUCAGCGGAGACUACGGUCUCCCAAUGAUGACAUCUCUGGAUACAAGGAAAACUACACAAGGUGGUUGUGCUACUGCAAUGUACCGCAGUUCUGUGACAGCUUACCUCGGUACGAAACCACAAAGGUGUUUGGGAGAACAUUGCUUCGCUCGGUCUUCACCAUCAUGAGACGACAACUCUUGGAACAAGCCAGACAGGAAAAAGACAAACUGCCUCUUGAGAAACGCACGCUAAUCCUCACACAUUUCCCAAAGUUUCUGUCCAUGUUGGAAGAAGAAGUGUAUAGUCAAAAUUCUCCAAUCUGGGAUCAGGAUUUUCUCUCAGCCUCUUCCAGAACCAGCCCGCUAGGAAUCCAAACAGUAAUCAGUCCUCCUGUUACUGGGACAGCAUUGUUUAGUUCAAAUUCCACUUCCCAUGAGCAGAUCAAUGGAGGGAGAACAAGUCCUGGAUGCAGAAGCUCUUCUGGGCUUGAAGCAAACCCAGGAGAAAAGAGGAAAAUGAACAACUCUCAUGCUCCCGAGGAGGCCAAGAGAUCUCGAGUGAUGGGGGAUAUUCCUGUGGAAUUGAUCAAUGAGGUCAUGUCUACCAUCACAGACCCUGCAGGGAUGCUUGGACCAGAGACCAAUUUUCUGUCAGCCCAUUCGGCCAGAGAUGAGGCGGCACGGUUAGAAGAACGCAGGGGUGUCAUUGAAUUCCACGUGGUGGGCAACUCCCUGAACCAGAAACCAAACAAGAAGAUCCUGAUGUGGCUCGUGGGCCUCCAGAAUGUGUUUUCCCACCAGCUGCCCAGAAUGCCCAAAGAGUACAUCACACGGCUCGUCUUUGACCCAAAACACAAAACCCUUGCUUUAAUUAAAGAUGGCCGUGUCAUUGGUGGUAUCUGUUUCCGGAUGUUUCCAUCCCAGGGAUUCACAGAGAUUGUUUUCUGUGCAGUAACCUCAAAUGAACAAGUCAAGGGCUAUGGAACCCACCUGAUGAACCAUCUCAAAGAAUACCACAUAAAGCACGGCGUCCUGAACUUCCUCACAUAUGCAGAUGAGUAUGCCAUCGGCUAUUUCAAGAAGCAGGUCGGUUCCGGUGUGGCAUCUGGAAAUUUUACCCUCUUCAUGAUGCAGUUUUUAACUCUUGGGCAGAUCAUUAAAAAGCUGAUAGAAAGAAAACAAGCUCAGAUUCGAAAAGUCUACCCUGGACUUUCGUGUUUCAAAGAUGGAGUUCGACAGAUUCCUAUAGAAAGCAUUCCUGGAAUCAGAGAGACAGGCUGGAAACCAAGUGGAAAAGAGAAAAGUAAAGAGCCCAAAGACCCUGAGCAGCUUUACAGCACCCUCAAGAACAUCCUGCAGCAGGUGAAGAGCCAUCAAAGUGCUUGGCCUUUCAUGGAACCAGUGAAGAGAACAGAAGCUCCGGGAUAUUAUGAAGUUAUAAGGUUCCCCAUGGAUCUGAAAACCAUGAGUGAACGCCUCAGGAACAGGUACUAUGUGUCUAAGAAGUUAUUCAUGGCAGACUUGCAACGAGUGUUCACCAACUGCAAGGAGUACAACCCUCCCGAGAGCGAGUACUACAAAUGUGCCAGCAUCCUGGAGAAGUUCUUCUUCAGUAAAAUUAAGGAAGCAGGGUUGAUUGACAAGUGAUUUCUUUCCCUUAGAUACACAUCAGCAGUGUGCCUAAAGCAGGUCAUUUAGGUUUUCGGUUGCUUUGUUUUUUUUUUUUUUUAAUUGUACAUCAUGUGUUGAAGAGACUUGUAAUAAUUAGCACUUUUGAAAAACAAACAAAACCUCCUUUUAGCUUUUCAGAGACGUAUUUAAAUGGAAAUCAUAGAUUUUUUUUUUUUUUUUAAUUUUGAGCAAUAGAUUUUAAUCUAUUUACUACUAUCAUGUAAUUUUUCUCUGGCAUGUCCAGUAGCUGACUAUUGCAUGGUAGAUGAUCAGGGGCUUCCUCAAAACCUGUAUGUGAGGAAAUUGCACACAGUACCAAGAUUUGGGGUAAUCUAGAGAAAAGUUUAGCCAUGAAUGUCUCCAUUUUGUUCUAAUGGAACAUGAGAGUUUAUUUUAUUCUGAAGGACUUUAAAGGGUCCGUGAUACAUCUGUGCUGUGAAUGAACUGUGUGAUGUUUGAAGUCUCAUUGUAGACUUUUUAUAAGUAUAUAUUUUUAAAACACUCAUCUAGAUGAGGUGCUUUGAGCAGUUCUGAAAAAAAAAUGCAGCUUCCACAAUAGCGGCUGCUAUGACUCCUAAGGAAGGGACUUUUUAUAAGCUCCUGGGGCUUUGAUCAUUCUGUCUACCUAUUACAGACUUGAGAGUGCACAACCACUAUUUAAUAAUUCUUGGCAGAUGUGUGUCCAUCUCAUAUUUGACUUUGCUUGUGCAGGGCCCAACUUCUAAAAGAUCCGUUCCCAGGUCACAAAGGUGUUAGCUUGAAAACAUUUGAGGUUGAGUUAAUGUUAAGACAUGUGGCCUAAACACGCACCCAGGGGAGCCUUGCUUCACUAUGUAAGGAUUCUUUGUAUUUUCUGGUACAUUUAACCCCAUUAGCAGUGUCUAUGUGAACAUUUCCCAUUUGCACUUCCAGAUUUAUGUUUGUCUGAGGUGAACUAAAUUCUCACCAAAGUUUAGGCCAGUAUUUUAACACCUACAUUGUUUUAUUGGUCCAGGGUUAUAUCCCACUAACAUUCGCUGUACAAUCUUAUUAACCAUUUUUGUCUUGGGACUCCAGCUUAGUGCUUGGAUUUAUUUCCUAAUUACACUACAUAGAAAAGUGGGACACCUGCCAGCCCAACUCUGGGAAAAACCAACUAAUAUACAACCAUAUUAAAUGAAGGCCACCUUAAUGGUCUCGACACUAAUUUUUAUGAUGCAAAUUUAUAAACUGAUUUUUUUGUAAAGGCUGAGGUUUUAAAAAUGUAUUUAAUGUAUGUUUUCUAUCAGCAUAAAUUAUAUUGGGUCACUAAUAGUCAUUAAAAAUAGCUUGCAGAGGUAGUGUGCUUGAAGGAAAAUAUCCUGGCAUUGCUCCCGAGUGCUGCUUCUGACAUGGAAGGCAUGCUAUAUGUUCAUAGUGUUCACUGAAGAUCACACUGAAGAUGCCUCAACAUUGGGAAAUGUAAGGAACACUUUGAGUGGUAUCUAGACUAUUAAUGAAGAGUGAUAAUACAGGCUGCAUUAAGUGUCUCAGACUGGUUUUAAAACAGCUUUGUACCGAUUUCGCUGAAGUGUCUGUCCAGUUUGGUAUCCUGUGAAAGUUUGUUAUUUCCUGGGUAGACAUCCUUAAAGAGUAUUGUCUUUAAAAUCAGAUGGUCUCUUCUAUAUUGAAAGCAUUUUUAUGUUUUCUAAUUUAAAAUUAAUAUUUUCUUAUAGAUAUUGUGCAAUAAANCAGAAGUAGAAUGUGGUUUUUGCAAACGCUUUAACGGCCGACAAAAACUUUACAUUUGUAAAAUUAAUAUAUUGUACUGGUACAAAAUAGUUUUAAAUUAUAUUUUGAAAAGCUC